CAGUGACAGACCGUUACCCUACGUCACUAUAGCCGACCAAUAGGAGCCCUAGAGCUCGAUGUCACACAGCGUGUGACGUCACCAUGGAGCGGACUCAGCGGAGCGUCUUAAUGUCAUCGGGUUUAUCCUCAUAAGGUCUCUUUAAGGGUGUUAUUUGCAAUUUUUCUAGUCCUUCCAAAUAUUGUUAAUGUGAUGAUGAAUACAUCCGAGUGAACAGUACAAAUGACUGGAUCUGAAAAGCCUAUAUGGUGAUUGCCUUGACAUCAAAGCAGCGAUAAGGAGCCCUGUGGUUAUCAUAAUGAUGAAUAUUCCUCAAACCAAGGGGCGUUGCACCGACCCUGUGGGGACAUGACCAUCGACCUCUUGGCCUUGUGAGAGGCAUCUCAAGGAGACUCCACCAUGAAGGGCCUCGGUUCCCCAGGAGCUUUUUGCACGGGGAUCCUGGUGGGGUGUUGCAGUAUGUACCUCGUUCUGCGCCAGGUGUGGUUUGAGAGGAGCUACCCCGUGCUGUCGGAGGCGCAGGAAGCGGCUGCUUCAGCUUCAGAAGCAGGCGUAGGUGUGACGCCAGUUGAUGAUGAUAUGACACACUGGAAGAAGGAUGGAGAUGCUCUGAUCAACUUGCUCCACCCUCACCACGCAGGCGAGGACCACCUUGUAGCUGAUAUGCUCUUCCAGAAGGUGCGCGUCCUCUGCUGGGUGAUGACAGGACCUUACAACCUGCGCUCCAGGACGCGCCACGUGAAGGAGACCUGGGCGCGCCACUGCAACGCCGUGGUGUUCAUGAGCUCCGCAGCCGACCCCCGCUUCCCCACGGUUGGCCUGGGUACCAAGGAGGGCCGUGACCAGCUGUACCGGAAGACCAUCCGCGCCUUCCACUACGUCCAUGAGCACCACUCCCAUCAGGCCGACUGGUUCCUCAAGGCGGACGACGACACGUUUGUGGUGGUGGACAAUCUGCGCUGGGUCCUGGCCAAUCACACGCCGGAGGAGCCCGUCUACUUCGGCAAGCGCUUCAGGCCCUACGCCAAGCAGGGCUACAUGAGCGGCGGGGCGGGGUACGUGCUGAGCAAAGAGGCCCUCAGGAGGUUUGUAGAGGGCUUCCGGACCAGCGUGUGCACACACACCACCCCGGUGGAGGAUCUGGCCCUGGGCCAGUGUCUGGAGAAGAUGGGCGUGUUGGCCGGAGACUCCAGGGACACGCUGCAUCGGGAGACCUUCCACCCGUUUGUUCCUGAGCACCACCUGACGGGCAAGUUCUCCAAGAGCUUCUGGUACUGGAACUACUGCUACUACCCCAUCGUGGAGGGGCCGCGGUGCUGCUCGGACCUGGCUAUAUCGUUCCACUAUGUGGAUGCAGAGCUGAUGUACACCCUGGAGUUCUACACCUACCACCUGCGAGCCUACGGCUACAGACCCCGCUACCAGCCCCCUGGGCCCCGGGGCCUGGUCCGUGGAGCACCUCCCCCAACAGGGACCCCCCCACUCAGACUGAAUGGCACGGAGAAGGAUCAGGGAAAGAAGAACAACAGCAGGUCAAUGAGCCACACGACUUCAGACUUCACCGGCAACGGGAGUCCUGGUAAAACAGAGGCAAUCUCAGACCGAGUGGGGACGGUUCAGAAUCACUGAGUUAGCGCUGCUGGUGCACAAUACACAAGCCGAAAGACGCACUUCAGAAUCACUUCUCCCCUGGCGACACAGCGCGGAUGAAGACACACCAGGAACUUUGAUCGACUGCAAAUGGACAUUGAAGAACUUUUGACCGAAAUUGAUUUAGCUAAAUGCAAUUGUGAUAUUCCAUGCAAUGAGGUGUGAAUCAACAGUUUGUGGUCUAUAGUGAACAAGACUAUCAGUCAACAAAACUUUAUCUUCUUUUGUUUCCCAACAGCCGCUGACAGUUCUCAUGAAGACAGGGUUCGACGGUGAUGUACUGGAUAUAUCAGGAUAGAGACAUUCCUGUGUGUGUGUGUGUGUGUGUGUGUGUGUGUGUGUGUGUGUGUGUGUGUGUGUGUGUGUGUGUGUGUGUGUGUGUGUGUGUGUGUGUGUGUGUGUGUGUGUGUGUGUGUCAACUCUAACUAUCCUAAACAAAAAAUACGUUAACUCCUCUCUUGAUGGACAUCAAUUUUAACGAUCAUGUAAACAUUUAUCUUGAUGCCUUUUGGAUAUCCUAUGGAUAUACAGUUUUUAUAAUUGUCAGAAACCUUUUACCCACACCCAAUUUAUUUGUGUUGUGUUUGAUGCUUAAGUACACAAGGUUUUAGAUAGAAUUAUUACCAGGUCAUAACACCUUAUCUGUUGAAAACAUUGCGAACAAUUUCACAGGAAGGAUUUAGCUUGUGUUCCAUAAUGUGAGCCUCUGAUGAAGAAAGCAAGCUCAUAGAAGAAAAUGUGACGCGUUAAUAACCACAACGACUUCCAUCUGACCCGAGCUAACAACCUUUGUUGUAAUAAUGUUUUGGCGUAUAUACAAAUAAUAUAUCAUGAAUUGCUCUUAAGUCCUUCCAAGAUAUUUUUGUAGAUAAAUGCUUUGUCAGCAAUUUCAGUAGUGUUAGUAAAGUGAGUCAACACGAUUGCAUUAUCAAUAAUCAAACAAAAUAUCAUAUUCCAUUAU